GCAGCGGCUCAUUUUAGGAGUAAAGAAGUGGUACAAGCUCUUCCGGAUGCCGGUGCUCAGGUCAACACUCAAGGAGGAUAUCAUGGUAAUGCGUUGCAAGCCGCGGCCAUGUAUGGACGAGUAUGCUUGGUACAAAUGUUACUGAAUGCUGGCGCAGACGUCAAUGCUCGUGGGGGUAUCUAUGGAAAUGCUUUGACAGCAGCUACAAGACGAAAGAACACAGAGGUUGUCAACAUUCUUCUGCAAGCUGGCGCAAAAGAUGAC